AUGUCAUCCAUGGGUGGAGCUCCUCCAAACGCCAGUGUUACCAUACUCCAUGAUAUCCCCAGCUCCUUCUCACCUUCUUCCUCUCCUUCCUCCCCCCCUCCAACUCCAUCCUGCAGCAUAGAUGAGUCCUACAAGUACAUAUUCCUCCCCAUUUGUUACUCUUUCACGUUCAUUUUUAGCAUUUCCCUCAACUCUGUGGUCCUCUACCGUUCAUUCCGCUGGACCAAGCGCUGGAAUGCCUCUUUGAUAUAUAUGGUGAACCUGGCUUCAACUGACUUUAUGUAUGGCCUGUCUCUGCCAUUUCUUGUGGCAAGCUACAUCAUGCGUGACCGCUGGAUCUUUGGGGAUUUUAUGUGCCGUCUUGUCCGCUUUCUCUUUUACUUUAAUCUCUACUGCUCGAUCUUCUUCCUCACUUGCAUCUCAGUCCACAGAUACCUUGGCAUCUGCCACCCCAUGAAAGUGAUCACACUGGAGACUAAGAAGGCUGUCAAAUGCACUUGUGUACUGGUUUGGAUUGUGGUAUUUGCUUUGACUUGCCCUAUCUUCCGAUUUGCUCAGACUGGUCAUGUCACAAGACUUGCAAGGCCUGGGAGCAAUGCAAGCAUGAAUAUUAAAAACUCAAGCCUUGACAUACCAUCAGUAAAUGAUAAUGCCACUUAUGGUAACUUGGCAGAAGUGACUGAGAUGUACCAGAACUGCUGGGACGAUGCUAUAGACAAGGAGUUUCCUGAUUAUGUACCAUAUGGCAUCACACUUCAUUUGCUGGGUUUUUUUGUGCCUUUUUCCAUAAUUGCUUGGUGCUACUCACGGGUAGUUCUGACCAUAUUUAGGACUCUGCAUUCCCACCCCUCAACUGGCAGAGGUCUGAGAGUGGGACAUGAGGUAGAGCGAAGAAACAGAAGUAGUUCUGCUGUCGGUAAAAGAGGAAGAAGAGGAAGCAAUGGACUGUUGAGUGCAGUGGGAAGAGAUGAAGGGAUUUCCAUUUUUCUUGGUGCACACUCCCCAUAUGCCAGUCGCAGGCGGAAAUCUAUCAAGACCAUCAUCACUAUCACCCUGCUCUUUGCUCUGUGUUUCUUUCCCUUCCAUGUUACCAGAACCAUCUUUCUCCUACUGAAAGUGACCAAGAGAGUUCCCUGUCACACCAUGACCACGGUCUCUAUGUGUUAUAAGAUCACCAGGCCUUUAGCGUCAUUCAAUGCAUGGCUCAACGCCCUCCUUUACUUCCUCACUAAAGACAAGGGAGGAGCUCACUGCUGCCAAGCAGUAAACACCACUACUGUCCAACAACAGGAUGGGCCUCUAUUGCCACUGAGAACAAUGGGAAAAGGAGAUGGUACAGGGGAGGAAAUGAUGCAAGACAGGAUUGACAAAACAGAGAUUAAGGCUUUCCAUAGGCCGUCAUAUGUAAACAGAGCAACCUUAGAUGUAUAG